UUUCUGUUAUUUUGCCUGUCUGUCUCAGGCUGCAGGCUGGCAGCAGGAUGUUCUCUGUGAGCUCAGCACUGAGACGGCUCCCCGCUCAGUUGCUGCUGCUGCUGUGGACGCUCACACACUUCUCUGAGUCCAGCGUGUAUCUGUUGGGUCCAGAUGUCUUCACACUUCAGAAGAACUCUGGAGCCAACAUCAGCCUUACUUCCAGUUCCCCAGUGAACCAGACUGCUGUGAUUCACUUCAACAUCUCCUUCAGCUCCAAGCCCGACUACACAUCAGUGAUCACACUGCCUGAGCAGGUGUUGCUGCCAGAGAACGACAUCUCAGUGAUUUUCAAUGUGACGGCCCUCGAUGUUGGUCAGGUGACCUCAUACCUGCUUACCAACAACACAGAGCUCAAGAGUUCUGUCAGAAUCCACUUCCUGGUUGUCCAUAGCAACACCCUGUCAAUAAUCAGUCGGGUGAUUGGCUGGAUUUACUUUGUGGCCUGGUCUGUGUCCUUCUAUCCACAAGCCUGGGAAAACUUCCAGAGAAAAAGGUAGAGUUCUGUCUGGCCUCUUUCUCUGAGAAUAUAU